UGAGCUUGGCAACGUCUCGCUCGGUGAACAGGCUCUCGACUGUCGGACAACGAAUGUUUCUACAAUGUCUGGAGAUUAAUUUUAACGGAAUAGGAGGCGAGCUGAAACACCGGAGUAACGUUAGAGUGAAAUACUGACCCUCCUACUUUGUACUGUCGUCACACCUCACCACACCUGCUUCACCUACACAACUGGACCUGAAACAAGAUCUAAAUUAGACUGAAGCCUGUCCAAGAAGAAGAAGAGGGGCGAUUCUGACUCCCACUGGUCUUAAAUGGACCUGUGAAGUCCCUGCCAGUUAAAGGCAUGUUUUUGAGAGCUUGGAGCUAUAGCACCAUCAGCAGUGUGUGUGUGUGGGGCCCCUCCUCUUUACCUCCUAACAUGGGAUGCCGGCCCCCUGUCAACGUGGCCUCUUUCCUACCCUGAGCUCUCCUGGCGUGUCAUGAACAGCUACAGAGACAGAGGAGUCACCUGCACCUCCUCAGACCUUCUUGAUGGAGGAGGAGGAGGAGGAGGGCUGCCCCUCCAUGGCUCCCAACACAUGCCGUUUCGUCAUACCCCUAAUGGCCACCCUGCUCCGGGACCUCCAGACCCCUCUAUCCAGCCACGAGUAUCUGUGCCCAAAAUGGGUGUACGAGCCCGUAUCGCAGAGUGGCCCCCGCGACGUGCACAAUCCCGGGAGUCACUGCUUGAAAAUGGCCAAAUUAGCAGCAAUCACCACGGAGAUGACUGUUCCACUUCAAUUUCCUCUUCAGUUUUUUCAACUGACAUGGGGCUGGUGCGCGGAGGAGUUGCCAGGUUGCCACGACGACGGUCCAAGGAUAUAGAGUUCAGAGGUGGAGGGUGCGGUGAAAGAGGUUCACCACUGAGCCUUCGUGUGUUUCCUCCAUUGCGGCAGCGCUCCAACAGCGAGGUGACGCUAAGCGAACAAGACGAGAAUGAGGUGGAGGUUCGUGGAGGUGGCGGUAUGGGCAACCUGUUCAGAGAGUAUGGCAGUACUUCCUCCAUUGACAUCCAGGGCAUUCCUGAGCAGAGUUUCUUUGAUAUGCUCAGCCAGUUCCACCAGGAGAGGCCUGACCAGCGCAGCUCGGCUCCCAUACGCCUCAGGGAGCUACUGCAGGCCCCAGACUCACCCUCUAGUGCUCCUCUCCCUUCUGCUUCUUCGCCUGGUCCCACAGCAGACGACAGAGGGAUAUCAAGGAAGGAUGGACCUGAGAGAGUGAGAAAGAAAAGUGGAGGAACAGAGUCGUCUCUGGGAACUUCCUCUUUGUUUCGUAAACUCAGGAGCUCUAGUCGAGGGGAACUGGAUGGAGGGAAAGGAGAGACUGCUGAGGAUGGAGGACGUGUUUUGACAGAUCCCUCUUAUAAACCCUGGGUGUGCCCUAAGAGUUUUGUUCACUACGACGCUCAGAGCAUCCUGUUUGAUCUUCACGAGGCAGCAGCUCAGCGGGGCUAUGUCACCCAGAGGAGAAACACCGCUACAGGGGCGUCUGCAGCCUCAGUGUCUCUGUCCGUGUCCAGAUCUUCAGUUCCGAGUCAGAAUGACCCAACAUACUCUAGCAUUGAGGAUCUGACUCUGAGUCUUGACCCGGGCUCCUCAGUUCCUUCUUUGGGCAUGGACCCUCUGGAUGGGCCUCCUGGAGUUCACAGCCCGCUGCUCCUCUGCUGUCCCCAUUUCCUCAAUGAAACUGGUGGCCACUGGGAGCGUAACAUCAGCUUCCUCAGCUCUUCGGCAGAGCGAGGAGUAGAAGGAGGGGGAGACGGGGGGCGAGGAUGGAUGAGGAGAAGUAACGCCAGUGUCUCCGUGCUGGAGGUGCCUAUUGAACAGCAGGUUACAAGACUGGACAGACUCAAACUGUACAGCAUAGAGCAUGUAGACCUGGGGGCCAGGUACUACAGGGACUACUUCCAUGGAAAAGAGCACUCAAACUAUUUUGGGACAGAUGAUAAACUGGGCCCUGUGGCUGUUAGCAUCCGCAGAGAAAAACUGGAAGACACCAAAGACCUGAAAGACCAGUACCAGUACCGCCUCAUUGUCAGAACAAGCGAGCUGGUGACCCUCCGAGGCUCCAUCUUAGAAGAUGCAGUGGCAUCUACCGGGAGGCACGGCACAGUGAGGGGUCUACCACUAAAGGAGGUCCUGGAGCAGGUAGUCCCUGAGCUCAACGUCUCCUGUUUGAGACUAGCCCUCAGCACACCUAAGGUCACUGAGCAGCUCCUUAAACUGGAGGAACAAGGGUUAAGUCAGAAGCACAAGGUGGGUGUACUGCUGUGCCGCGCAGGCCAAAGCACAGAGGAGGAGAUGUACAACAAUGAGGAGGCGUCGCCUUCCUUCUCUGCAUUCCUGGAGCUGCUGGGGGAGCAGGUGCAGCUCAAAGGAUUCACCAAAUAUGCUGCACAGCUCGACACAAAGACGGACUCUACGGGCACCCACUCUCUGUACACAACCUAUCAAGGCUAUGAGGUCAUGUUCCAUGUGUCCACUAUGCUGCCAUACAUGCCCAACAACCCACAACAGCUCCUGAGGAAGAGGCACAUAGGGAACGAUAUAGUCACCAUAAUCUUUCAGGAGCCUGGAGCUUUGCCUUUCACCCCACAGAACAUUCGUUCACACUUUCAACACGUCUUUGUGAUUGUCCGUGUACACAGCCCCUGCUCUGAAAACACCUGUUAUAGUGUUGCUGUGACAAGAAUGAAGGAUGUGCCCCCCUUUGGCCCACCCAUCCCCAGUGGGAUCACCUUCCGUGACCCAGAAACCUUUCGUAACUUCCUACUAGCCAAAGUUAUCAAUGCAGAGAAUGCAGCUCACAAGUCAGAGAAGUUUCACACCAUGGCGACACGAACACGUCAGGAAUACCUGCGCGACCUGGCUGAAAAUUAUGUCAGCAGCACGCCUCUCGACACAGCAGGCAAACUAAAUAACCUCAUUUCCCUCGCCUCUAAAAAACGUGAACGCUCAAAGGCAAGAGAGGGUGCAGAGCUGGGAGCUGCAGGUGCCGUCGCCUGGAGAGUUCAGGCUCAGGACUUUAGUGGAGGUGGGACUGAGCUCCCAUGUGCCUUGGGUUUGUCAGCUGAAUAUGCUCUUCUGAUAGACUGCUCCACCAAAGAGGUGGUGUUUAACUGUUUCUGUGCGGAUGUCAUCGGCUGGACACCGGAGCGACUGGCACUGAAGAUCUUCUAUGGCAGAGGAGACCAUAUUGCUGUGAGGGUACCUGAGGGCUGUGCACAGGACAUCAGGGAAGUGGUGCAGAGGUUAAAGUCUUUAACAGUGGGAUGUGAGACGGUGGAUAUGACUCUGAGGAGAAAUGGCCUGGGACAGCUGGGUUUCCAUGUUCGCCUGGACGGCACUGUGGCUGAGGUGGAGGAGUAUGGUUUUGCCUGGCAGGCAGGGCUGAGGCAAGGCAGCCGGUUAGUGGAGAUCUGCAAAGUAGCCGCAGUCACCCUGACUCAUGAGCAGAUGAUUGACCUGCUGAGGACGUCGGUCACAGUCAAAGUCGUCAUCAUUCCUCCUUAUGAAGAGGGGGGGCCUCGCAGGGGCUGCACAGAGGAGUAUGAGAUGAAGACCAUGGAGCAGAAGCCAGAACCGGAGCCUUUGGCAGCAGGCUACCGACCCUCCCCUCGGCCUACGUGGCGAUGGGACAGCCCACCCAUUCCCCCAGGCCUCCACAGCGCCCCCACCCCGCAGCGCUGGGCUCCUAUGGGCCCCCCGCCUCCUCCGCUGCCCCGUUCACACAAGGCCCUGAUGCCUGUUCCUUACAGAGAGCCUCAGCACCUCAACUCCAAGAGGCCAGUGAGCUACCCAGAGAACCACUACAGCCUGUCUCCAGCUGGGGGCGACAGGGUGCUGCCCUACAGGAACCCCUCGGCCAGCUUCUCCUCACCCUCCUCGGGCCUGGUGGGCCUCUCCUCCAUGGGGCCCCCUGGGAUCACUCCAGGCCCCUUUGUGCGAUACAAACCUUCACCCGACAGGUAUGGGACAGGACAGCGCCCCCUGCUGCCGUACGAGCCUCACCUCAGUGUAGACAUCACCUCCAGUGAGUCUUCAUCAGGAUUCACCAGUCAGGACAGCACCAUGGAGCGCUGCAAAACAGAGCCCCUCUGGCAUGUCCCAGCAUCAUCAUCCCGAGGACCGGGAGGUGGAGGGGGGCAGCGGAGGCUGAGACAGGAUGUCCCAGGCAAAGAUUCUCCAAACAGACACUCGAAGGGGGAGACUCAGUACUCAAGCCACUCCAGCAGCAACACACUGUCCAGUAACGCUUCCAGCAGCCACAGCGACGAGCGCUGGUUUGACAGUGGAACUGGAGGAGAACGAGGAGGUGGAGUCUGUCUUGGUGAUCCAGCUGACCCAGACCCUGACCUUCUCAACAAGGGAGGGUCCAACGACAGUGGCAUAGACGCCUCGACACACUACAAUAACACUCGUCACGGAAACAUGUCCAACAGCCAAUCUCACAAGCCCAUGCACUGCUCCGCCACCUACAGCGGCCUCCAGGAGCUGUCAGUGGGACGGAGCAGCGGCGGGGGCGAAGCCAAGAGAAGGGAGUCGUCACCCAUCAUACCAGCCACGGCCAAUCAGAACAAAGGUUACAGGACGAGGACAUUCCCACCGCCUGGCUCCAGUGCUGAUAAAAUGGACAGUUUCAAACCCAGGGCCUACACACCACAGGGUUACAAGACUCCAACAGUGGACAAAGCCCGACCUGUCCGAGCUUCCACGACAACGCCAACGUCCGCUCACUUAAGCGCCACCCCUCUGUCCAGCUCCGCCCCCAAGGCCUUGUAUGGAAAGAGCAGACAGAGCGCCUGGCAUGCAGAAGACACCAGCACACCACCUUCAAACACCACAUCCAGCUCUGACAACAGCAAGAAGCAGAUUGAUAUGAAUUCAAAGAACGUAUUCGGGCAGCCACGACUUCGAGCUUCACUGAGGGACCUGCGUUCUCCACGGCGAACGUACAAGAGCACCAUCGAAGACGACCUGAAGAAACUAAUUAUCAUGGACAACCCUGGAGAGACCCCACAAAGAGAUCCAUCUCCCAGGCGGACGUUGCAGCGCACUUUUUCAGAUGAGUCACUGUGCAGCGGGCGCAGGGAUGCCAACUUUGCCAACUCUGAGAACCAGACAGCGCCCACUGAUGUGCUCUUCACCUGUACACUACCCACGCGCAAACACUCUGCCUCCUCAAACCACUCCAACCACAUGCAGAGCAAGAAGGUGCCUCUGUCGGCAUCAGAGCUGUCUCUUACUGAAGUGAGGGACAAGGUUCCCCCUCUGAGGAGGCUGGACCCCUGCCUAAUGCCCCUCCCUGACACCGCCUGUGGGCUGGAGUGGUCCAGCCUGGUCAACGCUGCUAAAGCCUACGAAGCACAAAGAGCCAUUUCCCUGUUUUCACUGACGGAGCCACAGGUUGGGGGUCCAGACAUGAGGCCCGUCGUCAGUCCAGUCCAGUUUCAGACUCCUCAGACGCCACGGACCACACCCACCUUCAGCGGUGAUGAGGUGCCCAAUGACCUGUCAGGACGGCUCUACCACCUGGAGGUGAUGUUGAAACAGCUCAACAAUGAUCUGGAGAAAGAGAAGAAGGAUAAGGUGGUGCUUCUGGCUGAGAUGGCCAACCUGAGGGAGAACAACCAGCGUCUGCAGGAGGAAAGCCACACGGCCAGUGAGCAGCUGCGACAGUUCAGCAUGCUCUUUACCAACCUCAACAAGCCAGGAAGUGAGGCGGAGGCGCACAACACCGACUCACAGAGGGAGUGACGACAACAGGGGAGAAGAAGAAGAAGAAGAAGGACGAGCGUAUAAUUCAGGUCACGGCGAGUGUGAGAGUAGUAUUCUUUUAGCGCUACCCACUUUAGUGCCCAUAAUUCCUUGCACACACGGGGUGGCGAUGGAUUAAAAUGAUGUCACCUCACUCAGCUUCCACUGGACUGCCUUAAACCAGAGAGAAACCGACGGAUGACGUUGGCGUUCAACACUCCCAGCGCAGCGACCCUCCCUCUCUGAUCUCUGAGCCCGUUUAUUUUUAUAAACUAAGUCUUAUAUCCUUGUCUUAUAUAUAAAUACAUAUAGUACUAUGCCAGAGGAGGGAGCAGGAGAGGACAUGUGACUCUUUUUGAGAACAUUACAUCACCUGGAGAGGCCUAAUACUGUUGCUGCAGCAAAUCAGCCAAAAGAAAAAAAAAAAACAAAACUUCACAGACUGCAUCUCCCAGAAUGCACUAGAGAAAAUGGAAGCUCUACAGACGUGGUACUGUAGAUAGAUGCCUGUGUGGUACAAUUCUCAUGUAUCAAUAUUAUCUAUAUUGUACUGAUAUUGUAUAACAGAGAGGUAGGUGUGUGUGUGUGUGUGUUUGUGUGUGUGAUGACUGAUGGUACAACAAAUACUCGGAAGCGUUUAUUGCACAACAGUGUUUGUGCUUGAUGCAUUUUAUUCCCCUUUGGUGUGUGUGGGAGUGUGAGUGACGGUCUGUCAAAGGAAGUCUGAGUGAUGAUGAUCAAAAUAAGUUUACUGUAAUACGAAAACUUGGGGCCACGGUGCGUUCACUUUCCUCCGUUUACAUGGAUGAAGAGCGGCCCAAAGAUGUGAAACAAGCCAUCAGAGCGAGAGCAAACAGCGGAUGUUUUCAGCAGUGCCGUAUCAUCUCAGAUCUUAAACGUACUGGAUUGUUGUGAUUUUACCGGAGUACAGCUUUGAAACUAUUUAAUUACAUUAACUUUGCGUAUUAAUCUGAACAAAGUUCCAGUAAUUUGUGCUUGUGGGAAAAAAAAACCUUUACUGUACAUGAAACUCACUCGCCAACACUGAAGCUCCUUCAUAUCAGAACCAGUCUGUAUGUAUGAGAGGGUUUGUGUUCUGUGAUAACCCAAAAACGAACACAACACUAUUUAUACUGCUAGCUUGCUUAAUGAUAUUGUCUACCACAGUAUAUCUAUUUUUAAUACUCGAGUAUCUGACUGUUCUUUUGGAUGCUGGUACCGACUGGACGAUAAAUCCUACAGGGAUGAAUCUAAUCGUACAACUUCCUCUUUCUGAUAUUUCCUGAAAAAUUGUACUGAAUUCUGUCACACUCACUCAUCAGGAGUUUUUCUUCCCUGGUCAGACUGGAUAUGUCAUCUGAUUUUCCAACUCACUCAGGUACCUUGAGAUGCUGUUAAAGACACAACACACGUACUUUGAUUCACUAAAACAAGAGGGAACAAGUGUCGUAUUCAGACAGAAAACUGCCAUCUCCUCCUGCUCCCGUUAAAACAAUAAACAUCCCAGUAACAUUUUUAUUCAACACUUAUUCUGUUUGGUUUAGCGAUAAUGAAACCAGUCCCUGAUCUGGUUUCAUCGUGGUCCAUCAGAGUAAAUGAAGCUAUGACUAACACACUCCUGUUUUUCUUCGUUCAUGCAGCUUUGCAGGUGUAGCUGAUUUUAGUCUUAAAUUUUAGCUAAUGUAAAAGGGGCGAGGUUUUUCCUUUAAUACAUUUUGUUUGUGUUGUAUAAUUUUAAGGUAUUUAUAGCAUACGCAAUGAUUCAUGUUGAACAAAUCAAUAAUGCAUUAAGGUUAAUGGUAAUAUUGUAUAACUAGGUCUGUUUUUAGAUGUUAAAUAUUUUGAUAAUUUAUUUUUUAACACAUUGGCCACUGUUGCAGACAAUAGUGAAGAUGAGAGGGUACUGUGUUUUCAGUUAAGCUGUUUUAUUGCUGAUCUCUGUACAAAUUUAAUUUGUAUGAUUGCAUUGUUUUUGAUUUCUGGCUUACUUCCUUUAUGCAUUGGUGCUCUCUCUGUGGUAGGAGCACAAGAUGCAGUG